AUGGCAACGAUGGUCUUAUGGUAUAUUCUCCUGACCUGCCUAAUGAUUUUUAUAUUGUCGAAGAAAGGAGGUAUCCAAUGGUUAUCCCCAUUCCUAGAAGUCGGGGAGAAAAAGAAAAAAAGCCUGAAGGGACCGAAGAGUCUACCUGUUAUCGGUAGUCUCCAUCUUCUCGGAGGUCCUGAGGGCCCAUUCGCAGCAUUCACCAGGCUUGCCAAGGAGUAUGGCGAUAUUUACGAGAUUCAACUUGGUGUAGCCAAGUGCGUGGUUGUCAGCAGCUACAGUCUACUCAGAGAAGUACUUAUAUCGAAGGGAAAUGAUUUCGGUGGACGCCCGGAUUUCCUGAGGUUUCACGCACUCUUCGGUGGUGACAGGAAUAAUUCAUUGGCAUUAUGCGACUGGUCGGAGGUGCAGCGCACAAGGCGUUCCCUGGCGAGGAGCUUCUGCUCCCCCCGCGGUGGGAGUUUUCAACAGGAGGAAUUAUCCAGAAUUGCGGCACUCGAGGCGUCAGAUUUGCUUUCCACACUGAAACAACCGACGGCCGCGGGGGUUCUGAGCGGUGACAAGCCCCUGAAACCCCUGCUCCUGCAGUCAGUGGCGAACAUGUUCACUAGGUACAUGUGUUCAACGCGUUUCGACAAUAACGACGAGGAAUUUCGUCGCAUUGUUCAGUCCUUCGACGAAAUCUUCUGGGACAUCAAUCAGGGCUACGCAGUUGAUUUCCUCCCCUGGCUGAAGCCCCUCUACUCCAGCGUUCUGAGCCGACUCGGGGGCUAUGCCUCGACCAUUCGGGGCUUCAUCCUCCGCCGAAUAAUCGAUCAUCGUCGGGCCAGCCUCGACACCGUCAACGGCAUCCCCAGGGACUUCACCGACGCCCUGCUGCUCCACCUGGAGAGCCCCGAGACCGAUCUCUCCUGGGAUCACAUUCUCUUCGAGCUCGAGGACUUUCUCGGCGGGCACUCAGCCAUCGGCAACCUAGUCAUGAUGAUCUUGGCGCAGACAACGGUACAUCCACAAGUGCAGAGGAAAAUUCAGGCCGAGUGUGACACAAUCCUCGCUAAAACCGGGGAUUCGGAGGGUCUAGUCGCCCUCGACGAUCGACAAAACAUGCCCUACACCGAUGCCGUUAUCUGGGAGACCCUGAGAAUGUCGAGUUCACCAAUUGUCCCUCACGUUGCCACUGUUGACACUCACAUUGCUGGCUAUCCAGUCAGCAAGGACACAGUAAUAUUUAUCAAUAAUUUUGAAAUGAAUCUCGGUGAGGCGUACUGGGGCCCAGACUCACGUCAGUUCAAGCCCGAGAGAUUCAUUAAGAUGAUUAAUAAUAAACCUCGAGUCACACGACCUGAGCAUUUCGUUCCAUUUUCAACGGGAAAGAGAACCUGCGUUGGCCAGAAACUCGUUCAAGGAUUUGCAUUUGUCAUUGUCACUGCACUACUCUCGCGUUUUGAUAUACAUGCGGUUGAGGAUGUGAAGAGCAAACUCAUGCCAGGAUGCGUUGCUGUACCACCAGAUGCAUUUCACUUGGCAUUGACACCCAGACAAUCCACUUCACCCUGAUUUCGUCAUUUUUUCUUUCAUCUGACUGUCAUUAUUAUUAUUUUCUGUUGAUCCUCUCAAUCAUAUCAAUGGCAGAGGAGCAAAC